ACAAGUAAAAGUUCAAGCUGAGCUUCGAACUUUGUGCCUCCGUGGCGCUUUUUACACGUGUAUUACGGCUGCCAGCGCGUUAAUUUAAGCGAAUGUGUGUGUGAUUGCUGCUUGCAUGUGUGUAUAUGUGUGAGAGAGAGGCUGCAGCUGUGAUACAAAGGGCCCAAUGUGGAUUUGGGAUUAUAUUAUGCUUAUAAGACAGCGACAGGAGGCACGCCAGAAUGUCCGUGUACCUGUGGUCUACAUAGGCUUAGGUGCUGCUGCCUUCUGUGCGCUGUAUUUGGUCUUCGGCUAUGGUGCUCAGCUCUUGUGCAACGUUAUUGGUGUUCUUUAUCCGGCGUAUGUGUCCAUUCACGCCAUUGAGUCCAGCACCAAGCAGGACGACACCAAAUGGUUGACCUACUGGGUAACCUUUGGCAUCUUUACGGUCAUUGAAUUCUUCUCCGGUUUUCUGACUCAUUUUAUUCCCUUCUACUGGCUGCUUAAGUGUGGCUUCCUUAUUUGGUGCAUGCUUCCCGCGGACAACAAUGGCUCCGUUGUCAUAUACCACAAGCUGGUGCGUCCACACUUCCUCAAGCAUCAUCAGACAGUAGACAACUUGAUCAACGAUGGCAUGAAGAAAGCCCAUAAUGUUUUAAAGCAGGACUAAGCGUUUUUGCACUCUUCCUUGCGCAUUUUGUGGCUUUAUCUCUUGGGCACUUUGGUCUAUUAAUUUAAACAAACUAAAAUUUGUACUUGAUUGUUAUUAGGGCGUAUAUCGCAUGCGGUUUUUAAAACCCCCCCACAUUUGAUUCUAGAGAAUACAUACAUGUGUUUUAGUAAAA